AUGGACUCAUAUGAAGACGUACGCGAAUUGUUGCUAGAUGGGCAGGGAGACCCAGGGACGGGUGUCGAUGAGCCACAUAUUGUUGCGCUAGCUCGAUUGUUUGAAGGAGUUGCGGCAUUCGUACACGACUGCCAACCGCAACUAGUACCUCUGUUUGGGAGAGAAGCCAUGGUUUGUUUGAUCACUGAGCUACAAGCAGAGUGCGAUUCUUGCAGCGAUCGCAUUCUCACGCGGUAUAAGGAAACUAAGCAUAUGCAGGACGUCCUCCAUGCCCUACGCUCUGAAACUGCCAACGCGAGGGAUCUUGACGCCCUUUUAAACGAAAUAACUCUUCUAAGUCAAAGAAUGUCCGCAUACUUCGACUUUUUGAAUCGGAAGGGAAACGAUGUGAGCGAAAUCGAUGCCGAGAACACUGACGAGGGGCAGCAAAGUCAAAAGAUAAGUGACGCAAUCAAAGAGAAGCUUGCUGAUUGCAGUUUGGCCAAUUUCAGAAGGGAGCUUGCUGGGUACUACAACUCCAUCGAGUCGUAUGUCAUGCGAGAAAAUGCUCGUCUCGCAAUUCAGAUCGAUGAAAGCAAUGGAGAUGAUGCUGACACUUCCACAGCGGUAGAUGAUUUUUUCUUCGUCAUGCAAAAGUGCUUCCAGAGGGCGUUCGCCUUUGGUGACACAGACGCUGAAGUGCUGCGAGCUAUAUUGCAGCAAGUGAGUCAAUGCCUCAUGAAUGACUUACUUGCAUACAUGCGUCGACGCCUGCGAGAAACAGAGACCGCGUUGGAAAAGGCUUUAGGAGGGUCUGCUGCGAUGUCUUCUCUGCCGACUGCCGCUUUCACUGUCUCGUAUCUCACAGAGCUAGCGAACAAAGCAAAUAUCAGCAUACCGGGAGGAAUCGAAGAUGGGAGUCAAGAGUCUGAUGUCGCAAAGUACGACUUCUUCGUGGCUUUGAACAAUGCGGCUGUAUCAGGUGAAUACGCGACAAGAUUGAGAAGCAACGUGGAGAAGGCCAUCCACGCGUCACCGAAAUUGUCAACAGACGACACUUCUUUCUUGGCAGCUCCCAUCGCCCAGAUCACGGAUGCUGCGAGGGCAUUGGUACUCGCUUCAGAGCACGGUGUCUCUCGACUGGCAUCUGUUCUCUUGACUCGUGUUACAUCGGCGAUCGAGACAUCACUAAAGGAAGCAUCAUACUUGGUGGGAGAGACAGAAUACUCACUGGAUUCUGAUGCAACCCCGUCUUUUUCAACAGAGGUUGCCCAGGAAAUAGAAACGAAAGUCCUGAGUGUGGCCCUCGAAAAGCGGCUGACUGAAAAGAAUUGGGAUGCACUCGUGCGACAAGUCGCGGAAUGGUAUGCAAACAAAGUAGAGAGUGUAAUCUUCCUGCCACCGAUAGGCAGCACCGCCACAGUGAAACCGUUUAACGCAUUCGGCGGAUUGCGAGCAGAUCGUGAUGUACGAGCAAUAUCCGCGUACUUCUCUGGGAAGAGCCGACGAAGUACAGUUCGUGACGUCUUUGGAAGACUUUCUCAACUUGCAAUGGUCGUCAAUUUAGAGCGACCGGCAGAAAUAUACGACAUAUGGGGACCGAACGCGGGAGGUAUGACAUGGAGACUUGCUCCUGGUGAGGUGCGACGAACUCUAUCUCUUCGCAAAGACUUCAACGAGGAUGCCGUCAGGGCAUUGAAGCUGUAACAUAAACCACGACCAAAUACUG